AUGGCUAAAUCCACGACACCGUCAACGCAGACCUCUAAAGUCCGUCAAGGUAGAAGCAAAGAAGCAAGUCGCGAAAAAGAAUGGCAGCGGUCCCAAAAGAUCAACGCGGCAUUCGAUGUCCUCCAACAGCGCAUCCCGUAUCUUCGCCCAGAGGAGAGAAAACAGAUGCCCAAAAUCAAAACUCUUCGGCUCGCCUUGCAGUAUAUUCAUCACUUGAGCAAACUGGUCAACGGAAAUGAAAUGACCAACACCGACACAAACGAAACUCGUCCCCUCACUCAUACAGAUUUCCGACAGACUGUCACCAACGAGUUAAGAUAUCGCAACAGCUACCGAGAACGAGCACACUCUCAGGAGAUGGAUCCAGUAGUGGUACAGAGGAUUCUUGCCCGCGAGGAAAGCCGUCGGCGUUCUCUCACAUUCCCGGAAAAUGCGUCGUCUGACAAAGUGAUUCGCGAAUUUGGACCGAUUUCAACCAACGUGUACAAUCAAUUCAAUCCAUAUCAAAUCAACUACGUGGCAGUGCAACCUCAAAUGAUGAUGAUGUACCCACUCAACCCUCCAUUGAAUACUCCUUCCCCUGAUCAAGUAAACUACAACAUGUUGCAAAUGGGAGAUGUCAACUACCCAGUGAUGGAGAAUGCUUAUCAAAUUUGA